AAAUAUUUAUCUACAUCCAAAACUUAUAUUGAUUUGGGUAGCAAAUGGUCGUUUGCUACCCGUUUGUUGAAAUUAGUUUUUAAUUUAGAUAAAAAAUCUAAUCAGUGCAACAAAUUGCGGCCCUGCAUCACAUGAUUUUGCACUGUUGUUCGCUGCGCAGGCGUGACUGAAAAAUCACUUGACGGACGAUCGGACGGGCUUUGGGUUAAAAACUUCAAUAUUUUUGAGGUUUUUGCGGAAACUCUUCACGAUCUCACCAGUUUUCUUCGCGGCUAGGGCGUCGCAGUCAGAAUGAAGGUUUGCGGACCUAAGUGUUCCCUUUGUGGCCUCAUCAUCAGCGUGUGGGGCAUCAUCCAGUUGGUGCUGAUGGGCAUCUUUUACUACGUCAAGAGUGUCGCCCUGUCCGAGGACUUGGCUAUUGGACACGGUGAAGCGCACACCGCCGAGGAUUUCUACAUGGCGGCUGAUAGGAGCUACACGCAGAACGCUUACAACUGCUGGAUAGCGGCCUGCCUGUAUUUGUUCACCCUUCUAUUCUCAGGACACCAGUUCUACAUGAAUAGCCGCACUUCGUUGAGCAUGUAAAUUAUUAUUUGGGCCUCCUGCUACUGUUGAUUGUUCUAUAUAAUCUGCAUUUUAUUUUGAAAUUUAAAAUAAUGUUCCGAACUCAUGAUGAAUGUGGUACAUUCCUAUAUACUGUAAAAAUUACCUAGGUGUCUCAAUUUCCGUACUAACAUUGGAGGUAUUGAAAUUUUGAUUAUCUAGCCUACGACCAAAUUUAGUUUCUUGUUAAAUGAAUGUUGAUCAAAUUUCUUUCUAUGCAGAUUAAAUUCAAAUCACCUGCUUCGGAUUUGUAAA